GGAGAAACGAACAUAAAUGAAUGAGGGAACAAGUCAAGUCAAAGUCCUUCCUCCUGGGGGUCUUAACUUGCUUUUCUUGUUCGCUGGAUGGAUCCAUUAUCCGCAGGGAAGGAACGAGCCUAUCCACUCGGCGUUCAAAGUGGAAGCAACUGUAACUUCAGCAGAGAAUAGAACAGGAUGCAUCCGGAUAGUGCCUUUUCACGUAUCGCUUAUCGGGAAGUGUAUCUUCACAGACCGUUUAGGUCGUAGUUUAUCGAUGUGGAUACAGACGAAGCUCAACUGGUUUCCGCUUUCGGUAACCGAACAAUCAGGAUCGAGUGUCACCGUUGCGAUUCUCGUGGAAAACCAGACGAUUGUUCGGUCUUUGAUAUUUUUGGAAACUCUGAACCCUGGUUCACUUCAGGAACCCGUCUCUGUUCUCUUUUCUACGGGAUCGGGCAUUUCCAGAGGAUUUCUGAUAAGUUUCCCGGAGAACCAUUGAUUCGAGUGCGAAACCGAGACUGACCGAGCUAUCGGCACAUGCUGC